UGGUUUGGGAAAGUUCUUAAACUACCACUAUACUAUGUGCAAGAAGAAAAGAAAAGAAAACAAGCAAUUAAAAAAAGCAUCAAAACAUGUUAAAAAUGGUUCAAGGUAUCCUUUUAAAAAGAGAAAUCCACUGUAAAAGUGCCAGUUGUUUGCUUUAUGGUUCCCUGCUUAGGGGCCUCUUUCCAACCACCUUCCCUUCUUAUGCAACGGGUGAUGACUUUAGGGGUUUGUUUUGUUUUUUUUUGUUUCUGCUGAGUCACUAAAUUUUUAUCUUUGUCCCUAGGUGCUACUCAGCACAAAAGUUAAAAGUGCAGCUCAGAAAGCAUUGCAUUUGUGUGGCGAGCAGAGGGAACCAUUUCCCUAAGAGAAGCUCAGUUACUUGGCUAGUCGUUCCUUCUCGGGAAGGAAGCUUCCAGGGAGCGAAGGGAUCAAAUCUGCUUUGCUUAGAGAAGCAUCUUUCUCAGCGCUGGUGGCUGAUAAUUCCGAACUGGCUGUUAAAUGCGGAGCUUCCCAGGCGCCUGGCUGGCUCAGCCCAAUGCAGAAAUCUCCCCUCCUCUCUAAAGACCCAAAUCCCUACAGAAACAGCUUGGAGUUACUUUCUCUUCAAGGAGACUGAAAUAAUUGUGAUUUGUGGUGUUCUCAGUUCGUGGUGGUAUUUUCCUGUUGUGUUAAAUGCCUCUUACUAAGUAAUAGAUGUGAUUUAUGUGGACGACGGAGGGGUGUGUGGUGGACCGGGUGAUUAAUCAGUGAAUUCCCCUCCGCUGGCAUCUCUCACUGCCCCUCUUUGCGUGAUGUAAGAUCAGACGUACCCUGCAUUGAAAAGUCAAGACACACGAGCGGCUCGCUCGCGCUCACACACACUCUCUCUCUCCCCCCACGCGCGCAUCCGUACACCUUCCACAUCCUGCUCCAGGCGGACUGGCUGGGCUCACUGAGCUGAAGAAUUUCGAGUGACAUUUGUAAAUGACGCUGCUCGAUUCGGGGCUCCGAGCCGCCGCCGCCGCCGCCUGGCCGAGGGUGCAGCCGAGCAGUCUCCGGCGCUGGCUUCCUCCCCGGGCGACCACGAUGUCCGAGUUUCUCCUCGCCUUACUCACUCUCUCGGGAUUAUUGCCUGUCGCCAAGGUGCUGACCGUGGGAGCCGACCGAGAUCAGCAGUUGUGUGAUCCUGGUGAAUUUCUUUGCCACGAUCAUGUGACUUGUGUCUCCCAGAGCUGGCUGUGUGAUGGGGACCCAGACUGCCCUGAUGAUUCAGACGAAUCUUUAGACACCUGUCCUGAGGAGGUAGAAAUCAAGUGCCCCUUGAAUCACAUUGCUUGCCUUGGUGCCAACAGAUGUGUCCAUUUAUCCCAGCUCUGCAACGGCGUCCUGGACUGCUCAGAUGGGUAUGAUGAAGGAGUUCAUUGCCGUGAACUGUUGCCCAGUUGCCAGCAGUUGAAUUGUCAGUAUAAAUGUGCCAUGGUCAGAAAUAGUACAAUGUGUUACUGUGAGGAUGGAUUUGAAAUAAAAGAAGAUGGAAGAAGCUGUAAAGAUCAAGAUGAAUGUGCUGUUUACGGUACAUGCAGCCAGACCUGCAUAAAUACGUAUGGAUCCUAUGCUUGUAGUUGUGUGGAGGGCUACAUAAUGCAGCCAGACAACAGAUCCUGCAAAGCCAAAACUGAACCUACAGAUAGGCCUCCUUUGCUGUUAAUUGCAAAUUCUGAAACAAUUGAGGUUUUCUAUCUUAAUGGAAGUAAAAUGGCAACCCUGAGCUCAGUCAAUGGAAACGAAAUUCAUACUCUGGAUUUUAUUUACAAUGAAGAUAUUAUUUGUUGGAUUGAAUCGAGAGAAUCUUCAAAUCAGCUCAAAUGUAUCCAGAUAACAAAAACAGGAAGAUUAACAGAUGAAUGGACAAUCAGUAUUCUUCAAUCCUUUCACAAUGUGCAACAAAUGGCGAUUGACUGGCUCACCAGAAAUCUCUAUUUUGUGGACCAUGUCAGUGACCGGAUCUUUGUGUGUGAUUACAACGGAUCUGUGUGUGUCACCCUGAUUGACCUGGAACUUCAUAAUCCUAAGGCAAUAGCAGUAGAUCCAAUAGCAGGAAAACUUUUCUUUACUGACUAUGGGAAUGUGGCCAAAGUGGAGCGAUGUGACAUGGAUGGGAUGAACAGAACAAGGAUAAUUGAUUCCAAGACAGAGCAGCCAGCUGCACUGGCACUAGACCUAGUCAACAAAUUGGUUUACUGGGUAGAUCUUUACUUGGACUAUGUGGAAGUAGUGGACUAUCAAGGAAGAAACAGACAUACUAUCAUCCAAGGCAGACAAGUCAAACAUCUUUAUGGUAUAACUGUGUUUGAAGACUAUUUGUAUGCAACCAAUUCUGAUAACUUCAAUAUCAUACGGAUAAACCGAUUUAAUGGCACUGAUAUUCAUUCAUUAAUUAAAAUGGAAAAUGCUCGAGGAAUCCGAAUCUAUCAAAAAAGAACUCAACCAAUAGUCAGAAGCCAUGCAUGUGAAGUGGAUCCAUACGGAAUGCCAGGGGGAUGUUCACACAUCUGUCUGCUCAGCAGCAGUUACAAAGCACGGACCUGUCGCUGCAGGACUGGCUUCAACUUGGGAAGUGAUGGCAGGUCAUGCAAAAGACCAAAGAAUGAGUUGUUCCUCUUUUAUGGGAAAGGACGCCCAGGAAUUGUUAGAGGAAUGGACUUGAAUACCAAGAUAGCUGAUGAAUACAUGAUCCCCAUAGAAAAUCUGGUAAACCCUCGUGCUUUAGAUUUUCAUGCAGAAACCAAUUAUAUCUACUUUGCUGACACCACCAGUUUCCUAAUUGGCCGGCAGAAGAUAGAUGGCACAGAGCGAGAAACCAUCCUGAAAGAUGAUCUGGAUAAUGUGGAGGGCAUUGCUGUGGACUGGAUUGGAAAUAACCUUUACUGGACAAAUGAUGGCCAUAGGAAGACCAUUAACGUGGCUAGGCUGGAAAAGGCUUCUCAGAGUCGGAAGACUCUCUUAGAGGGAGAAAUGUCCCAUCCCAGAGGGAUUGUGGUGGAUCCUGUUAAUGGUUGGAUGUAUUGGACAGACUGGGAGGAAGAUGAAAUAGAUGACAGCGUGGGAAGGAUUGAGAAGGCCUGGAUGGAUGGCUUCAGUCGGCAGAUUUUUGUGACUUCAAAGAUGCUGUGGCCAAACGGCUUAACUCUGGACUUUCACACCCACACAUUAUACUGGUGUGAUGCCUAUUAUGAUCAUAUUGAAAAAGUGUUUUUGAAUGGAACUCACAGGAAGAUUGUUUACAGUGGGAAAGAGUUGAACCAUCCUUUUGGACUGUCGCAUCAUGGGAAUUAUGUGUUCUGGACUGAUUAUAUGAAUGGUUCCAUUUUUCAACUAGAUUUGAUAACGAAUGAGGUGACAUUACUGAGGCGUGAAAGACCACCCCUGUUUGGACUUCAGAUUUAUGAUCCUCAAAAGCAACAAGGUGACAACAUGUGCCGGGUAAAUAAUGGAGGCUGUAGUACAUUGUGCUUGGCCAUUCCAGGAGGCCGAGUAUGUGCUUGUGCUGAUAAUCAACUUUUAGAUGAAAAUGGGACCACUUGCACAUUUAAUCCUGGAGAAGAAUUACCUCACAUUUGUAAAGCUGGAGAAUUUCGCUGCAGAAACAGACACUGUAUCCAAGCUCGGUGGAAAUGUGAUGGCGAUGAUGACUGUCUAGAUGGAAGUGAUGAAGAUUCAGUCAGUUGCUUCAAUCAUAGCUGUCCUGAUGAUCAGUUUAAAUGCAAGAAUAAUCGCUGUAUCCCCAAAAGAUGGCUUUGUGAUGGAGCUAAUGAUUGUGGAAGUAAUGAAGAUGAAUCCAAUCAAACUUGCGCAGCCAGAACAUGCCAGGUGGACCAGUUUUCUUGUGGAAACGGACGCUGCGUUCCCAGAGCAUGGCUGUGUGACCGGGAAGAUGACUGUGGGGACCAGACCGACGAAAUAGCAUCUUGUGAAUUCCCAACUUGUGAGCCACUAACUCAGUUUGCAUGCAAAAGUGGAAGAUGCAUUAGCAGUAAAUGGCACUGCGACUCUGAUGAUGACUGUGGGGAUGGGAGUGAUGAGGUUGGCUGUGUUCAGUCCUGCUUUGAUAAUCAGUUCAGAUGUUCCAGUGGCAGAUGUAUCCCAGGCCAUUGGGCCUGUGAUGGUGACAAUGACUGUGGAGACUUCAGUGAUGAAAUCAAUUGUACCAGAGAAGAGAUUCGUUCUCCUGCUGGUUGUAAUGGGAAUGAAUUUCAGUGUCACCCUGAUGGAAAUUGCAUUCCUGAUCUGUGGCGCUGUGAUGGGGAAAAAGACUGUGAAGAUGGUAGUGAUGAAAAAGGCUGCAGUGGUACCUUACGAUUGUGUGAUCACAAAACCAAGUUUUCCUGUCGGAGUACAGGGAGAUGCAUCAACAAAGACUGGGUAUGCGAUGGAGAUAUCGAUUGCGAAGAUCAAUCAGACGAAGAUGACUGUGACAGUUUCUUGUGUGGGCCACCCAAGUACCCUUGUGCUAAUGACACUUCGGUCUGCCUGCAGCCAGAGAAGCUCUGCAAUGGGAGAAGGGAUUGUCCUGAUGGGUCUGACGAAGGCGACCUCUGUGAUGAAUGUUCACUGAACAAUGGAGGCUGUAGCAACCACUGUUCUGUUGUUCCUGGAAGAGGAAUUGUCUGUUCUUGCCCUGAAGGACUUCAACUCAGCAGAGACAAUAAAACAUGUGAAAUUGUAGAUUAUUGCAGCAACCAUCUGAAGUGCAGUCAAGUGUGUGAGCAACACAAGCACACAGUCAAGUGCUCAUGUUAUGAAGGGUGGAAGCUGGAUGUGGAUGGUGAAAGUUGCACAAGUGUCAAUCCUUUUGAAGCAUUCAUCAUCUUUUCAAUUCGCCAUGAGAUCAGAAGGAUUGAUCUUCAUAAAAGAGACUAUAGUUUACUUGUUCCUGGAUUGAGAAACACAAUAGCACUUGAUUUUCACUUCAAUCAAAGUUUACUUUAUUGGACAGAUGUUGUAGAAGACAGAAUAUACCGGGGCAAGCUUUCUGAAAGUGGAGGUGUCAGUGCCAUUGAAGUGGUUGUGGAGCAUGGCCUGGCUACCCCAGAAGGACUAACAGUUGACUGGAUAGCAGGCAACAUAUACUGGAUAGACAGCAAUCUGGACCAAAUCGAAGUGGCCAAACUAGAUGGUUCCUUAAGAACUACACUCAUAGCAGGAGCUAUGGAACACCCCAGGGCCAUCGCUUUGGACCCAAGAUAUGGAAUUCUUUUCUGGACAGAUUGGGAUGCCAACUUUCCUCGCAUUGAAUCUGCCUCCAUGAGUGGUGCUGGGAGAAAAACCAUCUACAAAGACAUGAAAACAGGGGCUUGGCCUAAUGGACUUACUGUGGACCACUUUGAAAAAAGGAUAGUUUGGACAGAUGCCAGGUCAGAUGCCAUUUAUUCAGCCCUCUAUGAUGGAACAGGCAUGAUAGAAAUCAUCCGAGGUCAUGAAUACCUUUCUCAUCCCUUCGCCGUGUCUCUAUAUGGGAGUGAUGUCUAUUGGACGGACUGGAGGACCAACACAUUGUCAAAAGCCAAUAAGUGGACAGGGCAGAAUGUCAGUGUGAUUCAGAAAACUAGUGCACAGCCAUUUGACCUUCAGAUAUACCAUCCCAGUCGUCAGCCACAGGCUCCCAAUCCGUGUGCAGCUAAUGAUGGCAGAGGCCCCUGCUCUCAUAUGUGUCUGAUCAAUCAUAAUAGGAGUGCUGCUUGUGCUUGCCCACACUUGAUGAAGCUUUCCUCAAACAAGAAGACCUGCUAUGAAAUGAAAAAAUUUCUUCUUUAUGCAAGACGUUCUGAAAUCAGAGGAGUGGAUAUUGAUAAUCCAUAUUUUAACUUUAUCACGGCCUUUACAGUCCCUGAUAUUGAUGAUGUUACUGUGAUAGACUUUGAUGCAUCUGAAGAACGUUUAUACUGGACAGACAUUAAGACACAAACCAUUAAGCGGGCUUUUAUUAAUGGAACUGGAUUAGAAACUGUUAUUUCUAGAGAUAUUCAGAGUAUCAGAGGGUUAGCUGUGGACUGGGUCUCACGUAAUUUAUACUGGAUUAGCUCAGAAUUUGAUGAAACGCAAAUUAACGUGGCAAGACUAGAUGGCUCCUUGAAAACCUCAAUUAUCCACGGAAUCGAUAAGCCACAGUGUCUAGCAGCUCACCCAGUCAGGGGGAAACUCUACUGGACGGAUGGAAACACAAUUAAUAUGGCAAAUAUGGAUGGCAGUAAUAGCAAGAUUCUCUUUCAGAAUCAAAAGGAACCGGCUGGACUAUCAAUAGACUAUGUGGAAAACAAACUUUAUUGGAUCAGUUCGGGAAAUGGAACCAUAAACAGAUGCAACCUGGAUGGUGGUAAUUUAGAAGUAAUAGAGUCAAUGAAAGAAGAAUUGACAAAAGCUACAGCCCUAACCAUCAUGGAUAAGAAACUGUGGUGGGCAGACCAAAACUUAGCUCAGCUGGGAACCUGCAGCAAAAGAGAUGGAAGAAACCCCACUGUUCUAAGAAAUAAGACUUCUGGGGUCGUUCAUAUGAAAGUGUAUGAUAAAGAAGCACAGCAAGGCAGCAAUUCCUGCCAACUAAAUAAUGGUGGAUGUUCUCAGCUUUGUUUACCAACAUCUGAAACUACAAGGACUUGCAUGUGUACAGUUGGAUAUUAUCUCCAAAAGAACCGCAUGUCAUGUCGAGGUAUAGAGUCAUUUCUUAUGUACUCUGUUCAUGAAGGAAUCAGGGGAAUACCUCUAGAACCAAGUGACAAAAUGGAUGCCUUGAUGCCUAUAUCAGGAACUUCAUUUGCUGUGGGAAUAGAUUUCCAUGCAGAAAAUGAUACCAUCUACUGGACAGACAUGGGCUUCAAUAAAAUUAGCCGAGCUAAAAGAGAUCAGACUUGGAAAGAAGAUAUCAUCAACAAUGGCUUGGGAAGAGUGGAAGGGAUAGCUAUUGACUGGAUUGCUGGUAACAUAUAUUGGACGGAUCAUGGUUUCAACUUAAUUGAAGUUGCGAGACUCAGUGGCUCUUUUCGUUAUGUAAUUAUUUCCCAAGGCUUGGAUCAACCAAGAUCUAUAGCUGUGCACCCAGAAAAAGGCUACUUGUUCUGGACUGAGUGGGGACAGAUGCCAUCCAUUGGAAAGGCUCGUUUAGAUGGCUCAGAGAAGGUUGUCCUCGUAAGCAUGGGAAUAGCAUGGCCAAAUGGCAUCUCCAUUGACUAUGAGGAAAAUAAAUUGUAUUGGUGUGAUGCUCGUAUAGACAAGAUAGAAAGAAUUGACCUUGAGACUGGCGGGAAUCGUGAGAUGGUGCUGUCAGGGAGCAAUGUGGAUAUGUUUUCAGUUGCAGUCUUUGGGGCGUACAUCUACUGGUCUGACAGAGCACAUGCCAACGGGUCCAUCAGAAGGGGCCACAAGAAUGAUGCCACAGAAACCGUAACCAUGAGAACGGGUCUUGGAGUCAACCUGAAGGAGGUUAAAAUCUUUAACCGAGUAAGAGAGAAAGGGACCAAUGUCUGUGCCAAGGACAAUGGGGGAUGUCAGCAACUCUGUCUUUAUCGAGGAAAUUCCCAGAGAACUUGUGCUUGUGCCCAUGGAUAUUUGGCAGAGGAUGGAGUUACUUGCUUAAGGCAUGAAGGCUAUUUGCUGUAUUCAGGGAGAACAAUAUUAAAAAGUAUACAUCUUUCUGAUGAAACCAAUUUAAAUUCACCAAUAAGGCCAUAUGAAAAUCCACAUUAUUUCAAGAAUGUCAUAGCUUUGGCUUUUGACUAUAAUCAAGGAAGAAAAGGUACCAACCGAAUCUUCUACAGCGAUGCACACUUUGGAAAUAUACAGCUUAUUAAAGAUAACUGGGAAGACAGACAAGUAAUUGUUGAAAAUGUGGGUUCUGUUGAAGGACUUGCCUAUCACAGAGCCUGGGAUACACUGUACUGGACCAGCUCCACUACCUCAUCCAUCACCAGGCACACAGUGGACCAGACUCGGCCUGGAGCAUUUGAUAGGGAAGCCGUCAUUGCCAUGUCAGAGGAUGACCAUCCUCAUGUGCUAGCCCUAGAUGAAUGCCAAAAUUUAAUGUUUUGGACCAACUGGAAUGAGCAGCAUCCAAGUAUCAUGAGAUCUACUCUGAUUGGGAAAAAUGCUCAAGUGGUGGUCAGUACAGACAUACUCACUCCAAAUGGACUCACCAUUGACCACCGUGCAGAGAAGCUGUAUUUCUCAGAUGGCAGCCUAGGAAAAAUUGAAAGGUGUGAAUAUGAUGGAUCCCAGAGACAUGUGAUUGUCAAAUCUGGGCCAGGGGCUUUUCUCAGUUUGGCUGUUUAUGACAAUUAUAUCUUCUGGUCAGACUGGGGAAGAAGAGCUAUCCUGCGUUCCAACAAGUACACGGGAGGAGAUACAAAAAUUCUUCGUUCUGAUAUUCCACAUCAACCAAUGGGUAUCAUAGCUGUUGCCAAUGACACCAAUAGCUGUGAACUUUCUCCAUGUGCGUUACUGAAUGGAGGUUGCCAUGACCUGUGCCUUUUAACUCCUAAUGGAAGAGUGAACUGUUCCUGCAGGGGGGAUCGAAUAUUGCUGAAUGACAACAGAUGUGUGACUAAAAAUUCUUCCUGCAAUAUUUAUUCAGAGUUUGAGUGUGGAAAUGGAGAAUGUAUUGAUUACCAGCUCACCUGUGAUGGCAUUCCUCAUUGUAAGGAUAAAUCUGAUGAAAAACUGCUCUACUGUGAAAACAGAAGCUGUCGAAGAGGUUUCAAGCCCUGCUACAAUCGUCGUUGUGUUCCUCACAGCAAGUUAUGUGAUGGUGGAAACGACUGUGGAGACAACUCUGAUGAAUUAGACUGUAAAGUUUCAACCUGUGCCACUGUUGAGUUCCGCUGUGCAGAUGGGACGUGCAUUCCAAGAUCAGCACGAUGCAACCAGAACCUAGAUUGUGCAGAUGCUUCAGAUGAAAAGAACUGCAAUAAUACGGACUGUACAUAUUUCUAUAAACUUGGAGUGAAAACCACAGGAUUCAUAAGAUGUAAUUCUACCUCACUGUGUGUUCUGCCAACCUGGAUAUGCGAUGGGUCUAAUGAUUGUGGAGACUAUUCAGAUGAAUUAAAAUGCCCAGUUCAAAACAAACACAGAUGUGAAGAAAAUUAUUUUGGUUGUCCUAGUGGAAGAUGCAUUUUGAAUACCUGGGUAUGUGAUGGUCAGAAAGAUUGUGAGGAUGGACUUGAUGAAUUCCACUGUGGUUCCUCUUGUUCUUGGAACCAAUUUGCAUGUUCUGCACAAAAAUGUAUAUCUAAACACUGGAUUUGUGAUGGAGAGGCUGAUUGUGGAGAUGGAUUAGAUGAAAGUGAUAGCAUUUGUGGUGCCAUCACCUGUGCGCCUGACAUGUUCAGCUGCCAGGGCUCCCAUGCCUGUGUGCCCCGACACUGGCUGUGUGAUGGUGAAAGGGACUGUCCAAAUGGAAGCGAUGAGCUCUCCACAGCAGGCUGUGCUCCCAAUAACACAUGUGAUGAAAAUGCUUUCAUGUGCCAUAAUAAAGUAUGCAUUCCCAAGCAAUUCGUUUGUGACCAUGAUGAUGACUGUGGAGAUGGCUCUGAUGAGUCACUGCAGUGUGGAUACCGACAGUGCAAUGCCGAAGAAUUUAGUUGUGCUGAUGGACGAUGUCUUUUAAAUACUCAGUGGCAGUGUGAUGGAGACUUUGACUGCCCAGACCAUUCUGAUGAAGCACCUAUAAACCCAAAGUGUAAAAGUGCAGAACAGUCAUGCAACAGUUCAUUUUUUAUGUGCAAAAAUGGCAGGUGCAUUCCCAGUGAAGGUCUUUGUGACAAUAAGGAUGACUGUGGUGAUGGAUCAGAUGAAAGAAACUGCCAUGUAAAUGAAUGCUUGAGUAGGAAAGUCAGUGGAUGUUCUCAAGAUUGUCAGGACCUUCCAGCCAGUUAUAAGUGCAAAUGCUGGCCUGGAUUUCAACUGAAGGAUGAUGGUAAAACAUGUGUAGACGUUGAUGAAUGCUCUUUGGGCUUUCCGUGUAGCCAGCAAUGCAUCAAUACAUAUGGGACCUACAGGUGCCUCUGUACAGAUGGAUAUGAAAUACAACCUGAUAACCCAAAUGGCUGCAAAUCACUCUCAGAUGAAGAACCUUUUCUAAUUCUUGCUGAUCAUCAUGAGAUAAGGAAAAUUAGCACUGAUGGUUCCAACUACACACUUUUAAAACAGGGAUUAAACAAUGUUAUUGGUAUAGACUUUGAUUACAGAGAAGAAUUUAUCUAUUGGAUUGAUUCUAGUCGACCCAAUGGCAGUCGCAUAAACAGAAUGUGUUUAAAUGGAAGUGAUAUUAAGGUAGUGCAUAACACAGCUGUCCCCAGUGCACUUGCUGUCGAUUGGAUUGGAAAAAACCUCUAUUGGUCUGACACAGAAAAAAGGAUCAUUGAAGUAUCCAAACUCAAUGGCUUAUACCCUACUAUACUGGUUAGCAAAAGACUGAAGUUUCCCAGGGACCUGUCUUUAGAUCCUCGUGCUGGGUAUUUAUAUUGGAUUGACUGCUGUGAGUAUCCUCACAUUGGACGUGUUGGAAUGGAUGGAACCAAUCAGAGUGUUGUCAUAGAAACCAAGAUUUCUAGACCUAUGGCACUAACAAUAGAUUAUGUCAACCAUAGACUCUACUGGGCUGAUGAAAAUCAUAUUGAAUUUAGCAACAUGGAUGGAUCUCACAGACACAAAGUCCCUAAUCAAGAUAUUCCAGGGGUGAUUGCACUAACAUUGUUUGAAGACUACAUCUACUGGACUGAUGGGAAAACCAAGUCACUCAGCCGUGCCCAUAAAACCUCGGGAGCAGACAGACUCUCACUGAUUAACUCAUGGCAUGCCAUCACAGAUAUCCAGGUGUAUCAUUCUUAUAGACAACCUGAUGUCUCCAAACAUCUCUGUAUGACAAAUAAUGGAGGUUGUAGUCAUCUGUGCCUUUUAGCCCCUGGAAAGACUCACACCUGUGCAUGUCCCACCAACUUCUAUCUUGCAGCUGAUAACAGGACUUGCUUAUCCAACUGCACAGCCAGUCAGUUUCGUUGCAAAACUGAUAAAUGUAUUCCAUUCUGGUGGAAAUGUGACACCGUGGAUGACUGUGGUGAUGGAUCUGACGAACCAGAUGACUGUCCGGAAUUUAAAUGUCAGCCAGGCCGAUUUCAGUGUGGAACUGGGCUCUGUGCUCUGCCCGCUUUCAUCUGUGAUGGAGAGAAUGACUGUGGGGACAAUUCUGAUGAACUCAACUGUGACACACAUGUCUGCCUCUCAGGUCAGUUCAAGUGUACCAAGAACCAGAAAUGCAUCCCAGUAAACCUCAGAUGCAAUGGGCAGGAUGACUGUGGAGAUGAGGAAGAUGAAAGGGACUGUCCCGAAAACAGCUGCUCUCCAGACUAUUUCCAGUGUAAAACUACCAAACAUUGCAUUUCCAAGCUGUGGGUUUGCGACGAGGAUCCAGACUGUGCAGACGCAUCAGAUGAGGCCAACUGCGAUAAAAAGACUUGUGGUCCUCAUGAAUUCCAGUGUAAAAACAACAACUGUAUUCCAGAUCACUGGUGGUGUGAUAGCCAAAAUGACUGCAGUGAUAAUUCAGAUGAAGAAAACUGUAAGCCACAAACCUGUACAGUGAAAGAUUUUCUCUGUGCCAAUGGGGACUGUGUUUCUUCAAGGUUUUGGUGUGAUGGAGAUUUUGAUUGUGCAGAUGGCUCUGAUGAGAGAAAUUGUGAAACAAGUUGUUCCAAAGAUCAGUUCCAGUGUUCCAAUGGUCAGUGUAUAUCAGCAAAAUGGAAAUGCGAUGGCCAUGAAGACUGUAAAUAUGGAGAAGAUGAGAAAAACUGUGAGCCAGCUUCUCCUGCUUGCUCAUCAAGUGAAUAUAUAUGUGCCAGUGGAGGAUGUAUUUCAGCAUCUUUGAAGUGUAACGGAGAAUAUGAUUGUGCUGAUGGUUCAGAUGAGAUGGACUGUGUGACUGAGUGUAAGGAAGAUCAGUUUCGAUGCAGAAAUAAAGCCCACUGUAUUCCAAUUAGAUGGCUUUGUGAUGGAAUUCAUGACUGUGUGGAUGGCAGUGAUGAAGACAACUGUGACAGAGGAGGAAAUAUAUGUAGAGCGGAUGAGUUCCUUUGCAAUAAUUCCCUCUGCAAACUACAUUUCUGGGUGUGUGAUGGAGAAGAUGACUGUGGAGACAACUCUGACGAAGCCCCUGACAUGUGUGAAAAAUUUCUUUGCCCACCCACAAGACCGCACAGAUGCAGAAAUAACAGAAUAUGCCUGCAGCCUGAGCAAAUGUGCAAUGGGGUUGAUGACUGUGGGGACAACUCAGAUGAAGAUCCCUGUGGUGGUAAGCUUACAUAUAAAGCAAGACCUUGUAAAAAAGAUGAGUUUGCUUGCAGUAAUAAAAAAUGUAUCCCUAUGGACCUCCAGUGCGAUCAGCUUGAUGACUGUGGAGAUGGUUCAGAUGAACAAGCCUGCAGAAUAACUCCCGCUGAAUAUACCUGUGAAGAUAAUGUGAAUCCAUGUGGAGAUGAUGCAUAUUGUAAUCAAAUAAAAACAUCUGUUUUCUGUCGCUGUAAGCCUGGAUUUCAGAUAAACAUGAAAAACAGACAGUGUGAAGACCUUAAUGAAUGUUUGGUGUUUGGCACGUGUUCCCACCAAUGUGUAAACAUGGAAGGAUCCUAUAAAUGUGUGUGCGACCAGAAUUUUCAAGAAAGAAAUAACACCUGCAUAGCAAAAGGCUCUGAAGAUCAAGUUCUCUACAUUGCUAAUGACACUGAUAUCCUGGGUUUUAUAUAUCCAUUCAACUACAGUGGCGAUCAUCAACAAAUUUCUCAUUUUGAACAUAAUUCAAGGAUAACAGGGAUGGAUGUAUAUUAUCAGAGAGAUAUGAUUAUUUGGAGUACUCAGUUUAAUCCAGGUGGAAUUUUCUACAAAAGGAUACAUGGCAGAGAAAAAAGGCAAGCAAACAGUGGCUUGAUUUGUCCUGAAUUUAAAAGGCCCAGGGAUGUUGCAGUUGACUGGGUUGCUGGAAAUAUUUAUUGGACUGACCAUUCUAGAAUGCACUGGUUCAGUUACUACACUACUCACUGGACCAGUCUGAGAUACUCUAUCAACGUAGGACAGCUGAAUGGCCCCAACUGCACCAGACUCUUAACAAAUAUGGCUGGAGAACCCUACGCUAUUGCUGUAAAUCCUAAAAGAGGGAUGAUGUACUGGACGAUUGUUGGGGACCACUCCCACAUAGAAGAAGCGGCCAUGGACGGUACUCUGAGAAGAAUUUUAGUACAAAAGAAUUUACAGAGACCCACAGGUCUGGCCGUGGAUCAUUUCAGUGAACGGAUAUACUGGGCCGACCUUGAGCUCUCUGUUAUUGGCAGCGUUCUAUAUGACGGCUCUGAUUCAGUAAUCUCUGUCAGCAGCAAACAAGGCUUGUUACAUCCACACAGGAUUGAUGUCUUCGAAGAUUAUAUAUAUGGAGCAGGACCUAAAAAUGGUGUAUUUCGAGUACAAAAAUUUGGCCAUGGUUCAGUAGAGUACCUAGCUUUAGAUGUUGAUAAAACAAAAGGUGUUUUGAUUUCUCAUCGCUAUAAACAACUAGACUUACCCAAUCCAUGCUCGGGUCUAGCAUGUGAAUUCCUCUGUUUGCUGAAUCCUUCUGGGGCCACCUGUGUGUGCCCAGAAGGAAAAUAUUUGAUUAAUGGCACCUGCAAUGAUGACAGCCUGUUAGAUGAUUCAUGCAAACUGACUUGUGAAAAUGGAGGAAGAUGCAUUUUAAAUGAGAAAGGUGAUUUGAGGUGUCACUGUUGGCCUAGUUAUUCAGGAGAGAGAUGUGAAAUCAACCACUGUAGCAACUACUGUCAAAAUGGAGGAACUUGCAUGCCAUCAGCUCUAGGGAGACCCACCUGCAGCUGUGCACUAGGGUUCACUGGACCAAACUGUGGUAAGACAGUCUGUGAGGAUUUUUGUCAGAAUGGAGGGACCUGCAGUGUUACUGCUGGGAACCAGCCUUACUGCGACUGCCAGCCUGAACACACUGGAGACAGAUGUCAGUACUAUGUAUGUCAUCACUACUGUGUGAAUUCUGAAUCCUGUACCAUUGGGGAUGACGGAAGUGUGGAAUGUGUCUGUCCAACACGCUACGAAGGACCAAAAUGCGAGGUUGACAAAUGUAUAAGGUGCCAUGGGGGACAUUGCAUUAUAAAUAAAGACAGUGAAGAUAUAUCUUGCAACUGCACUAAUGGAAAGAUUGCCUCUAGCUGCCAGCUAUGUGACGGCUACUGUUACAAUGGUGGCACGUGCCAGCUGGACCCAGAGACAAAUGUACCUGUGUGUCUAUGUUCCACCAACUGGUCAGGCACACAGUGUGAGAGGCCGGCCCCAAAGAGCAGCAAAUCUGAUCAUAUUAGCACAAGAAGCAUAGCCAUCAUUGUGCCUCUCGUCCUCUUGGUGACUUUGAUAACCACCUUGGUAAUUGGUUUAGUGCUUUGUAAAAGAAAACGAAGGACGAAAACUAUAAGAAGACAACCUAUUAUCAAUGGAGGAAUAAAUGUAGAAAUCGGCAAUCCAUCUUACAACAUGUAUGAGGUGGAUCAUGAUCACAGCGAUGGAGGUCUUUUAGAUCCUGGCUUUAUGGUGGAUCCAGCAAAGCCCAGGUAUAUAGGGGGAGGGACCAGUGCUUUCAAGCUUCCACACACAGCGCUGCCCAGCUACCUAAACUCUGAUUUGAAAGGACCACUAACCGCUGGGCCAACAAAUUACUCCAAUCCGAUAUAUGCGAAAUUGUAUAUGGAUGGGCAAAACUGUCGAAACUCCUUAGGAAGUGUUGAUGAAAGGAAAGAACUGCUUCCAAAGAAAAUAGAAAUUGGGAUAAGAGAGACAGUGGCAUAAUGCGUGAUACCUUUUAUAUACUGUAUAAAUGUAUAAAAUGUAAGGAUUACUUUUGUAUGUUCCAACAGUAUUAUACUUGUUUUGGGAUCAGCAUUACCUCUUCCUUUAUCUUUUUUCUGGUCAAUUGUUUUCUGAGUUUUCUGGGUUUUAUUUUUUGCUGAUGACUACUGAUUGACCAUUUGUAUGGUAUUUUUAUGAAAAAGAACUGCACUACAGUACAAUUUACACCAAUGCUGCUGAUAAGACACCUUUGAAUUUGUUAAAAUUAAAAACAACAUAUUCCUUUGUAGUGUGAAUAUGAGCAAUCUAUUUUAUAUGAACUUUUUUGGUUCUACUUAAUCAACAAAUAUAAUCUCUGCACUUUUUCAUUAUACGGUCUGAAAGCUGUAAUACAAUAUCAUUUAAUUUUCUGUUUAAAUUGAUGGAAAAAUGAUUGAAUGGUCAACUCUCUUCUUUGUGCCCAUUAAGACUGAUUCAGACUGCUGAAAACAUAUAGCCCUCACAAGUUCAGCAUAACCAGCUUUGAAAUUAGUCUUAGGUUGCCAAGUGAGAAUUUUGACAAAAAACCUUUAAAAAUUUAUAAAAUUAAUAAUUUGCAUGAAUACAUAUGACUACAUUUUCCAAAAUUUAGUGGACUCUCUUGUGAUAUACUAAAAGUAUACACCCUAUAAACAAUAGUUAUAUUUAGGUAGUAGAACAUAGCAAAAUUAUAAUCAAAGUGGAAAGAACACACUUGCUAUGGGAGAAGACAUUUUGUUUUCCCUCAGUCCUGAGAUAAAUAGCCAGCCUAGAGCACAACAGGGCAUUGGGCACUCAUGUCUUAGGAAUUUCUUCCCAGCCACGUGCAUUUUGUGGAAAAUUAACCCAACCCCUUAACACACAGAACACUAAAGAAUACUAUAUAAGCACACAAAUUGAUAACACAGUUUCAAUUAUGUGAAUGCAUUCUCUUCGCGAGAUCAAAAGGAAGAGGCAAGGCAGCCAUUAUGGUAUAGAGUAAUCAGUAAAUAUUUUCAAUAUACAAUACGACUAAUCUAUUAUUUGCCCUAUCCAAAAUAUAUUCUUAAGGGACUUUCCAAGUUAUGGAAAAACAAUUAUCUGCCCAUAAUCAAAGGUGGAGAGUAUAUAUACAUGCUGACCAGUUACUCUGGUACUCUGAUUUCUUCUGGUUAUACAAAACACAUGGACCCCAUUUACUUGUCUGUUUUCAAAUUUCAAUUGAAACACACAUACGAUUUAUUUAAGUUGUAUAAAAAAGUAUAGCAUUUUUAUACAAAUAUCUUUAAAGGCACAAAAGAUUUAUUCACAAGGUAUGGAGGGCUUUUUGUUCCUCUGAUAGACAUGACUGACUUUUAGCUGUCAUAAUGUAUUAACAGAUGAAAUAUGUUUGUGGUUGCUCUUUAUCCCUUUGUACAAGCAUUAAAAAAAAAACACAGCUGUUUUAUAAAGAGACUUUUUGUUGUACUAUGUGCAUGCAUACUACCUAUUUCUAAACUUUGCCAUAUUGAGGCCUUUAUAAACGAUUGAUUUAUGUAAUACUAGUGCAAUUUUGCUUGAAACAAUGUUAUGCAUAUCAUAAACUUUUCCAGGUUCUUGUUUAAGUACAUUUUUUAAAUUGAACAGUAUUUUUCAUUUUGGUUAUAAUAGUCAUUUUGCCUAUGUUUCUACAAUGAAGUGUUAAAUACUUUAUAAAAAAUUGUUGACUGGCUUAUUUAAAUGAAAUUCUACAUAU